CAGUCGAUGAUCUAAUCCAUCAAAUUAGUGGUGAUGUCCGACAGAUAUCCGAUAAGUUUAGGAGCGGCGGACACCAACAAACAGAUCCAAAAAUUAGAGGACAUUGUCUCACCAUUCAAAGCGAGUCUUUACGUUGAGUUCAAUGAGAUUGAAUUCUAUUUGAAUCGCAUUAUUGGUAAACCUGAAGAAGAAGAAGAAGUCGGAGACGAACAACAAGAGGGCGGAGAUAAUUGAUAAGUCGUGUGAAUCCGUUCUCUGCAUUCCCAUCAAAUGUUUUACUAUUCUAUAUAUGAUUAACCUCUCAAUUCUGAUUUUUCUCUUAAUUCUCUCAAC